AGAAACUUUAAAUUGUGAGGGGAUUGAGCUUGGAAGCGAAGCCAUGGAGAUGGAAAGCUACCUGGUUAUGAAGAAUCAGAAGCUGGGAGCAUCGGACAUUCUCAGGCAAGCUCUUAUAAUCCCUGCCAGAAACAUCAAAUUCUUUAUUUUCGCAAUCCUUGCCUCCCUUCCUCUCUUCUGUUUCUUGAUUUACUAUGAACCCCAUUUCCAAAAAAUAAUGGUUGAGACCUCGAAAAUCCUAAACCCGCUGCGAAAAGCCGACAUCAACGGCUACUUGACCGACUUCGGCUUGAGGUGGUCAAUACCAAUUGACAUAUCAAGAAAAUUGAACCAUGAUUUUUCCAAUGAGUUAUUUUAUCUGGAAUUUCUCUAUCUGGUACCUCUCCAUAUCCUCUACCUCGUAACCGCGAUUCCGAUUGUUUACUUGGGAUCCAAGAUACACACAGAAGAGAGUCCAGUGAUGACUCUCAAAGAUAUGGUGAAAAAACCCUUUGACAAAACAAGACUGAAGGGAACUUUUGUUACAUGUUUUUAUGUUCUUGUGUUGUCAAUUUGUACUCUGCUAGGGCUGACAUGGCUGGGAAUAACCUACUAUGCUGUCUUUCGAAACUUCCAGCAUUUCGAUGCUUUGUUCUAUGCCGUACUGUGUUGGCCAGCAUUUGUAGGGCUUCUGGCAAUGUUUUCGGCAUGGAGUGCGGUGUGGAACAUGAGCAUUGUGAUUUCGAUACUGGAGGGAGGGAGCGGAAUCAAGGUCUUUGGGCAGGCGAUAUAUUUGAGCAGCGGAAGCGAGUGGAGGGGGUUUGUUUUGAUGCUCAUUUUCUUUGCCUGGGAAGUAAGUUUGAGGUUGCCUUGCAUCUAUUUCGGCUGCUACGAAAGCAGGCAUUAUUUUGGUGGUAUUCUUGCACAGGUUUGCUUGUUCUGCUUUGGGAAUGUGCUGAAGUGGAUUGUCUGCAUCGUAUAUUUCUACGAUUGCAAGAACCGGGCGUUGGAGAAGAAAUUGAAGAUGCAGGCCAAGAAGAGAGGUGAAAGCAUUGGAUGAAUAUCCUGAUUAUCCAAAGUCUUGUAGCUAAAUUUGUAACUUCUUUUUGUUGGUACUAGUUAAUGUGUGUUUCUUGGAAUUGUGAAGAUGUUGCAAUCUUUCAUAAAUACUAUUUCAACUGGAUGCGUUCUUCCAUCAAA